CUUACUUUCUUUUCCCUUUCCCUUUCUUUUUUUUUUUUCCUCUCCCCUCUUUUACCCCUUUGGUUUGACUGUGAUUCUUCCCGUCAACCCCACCGACACAACAGACUCUCACCUAACCUCAAUCGAUAGCAGAAAACACAGGAAUGGAAACAUAUUACGGCCACGUCCGCACUCCCGCGGACGCCAUCAUCCUCUUCGAAGCAUGUCGCAUCGGCCUUCUUCCUCGCGUUCAGCGUCGACUCUCCGAAAAAGAACGUCAAUCCAUCAGAUCCGGCUCCGUCUUUGUAUGGGAUGAGCGCGAAGCAGGCAUGCGACGAUGGACAGACGGCAAAUCAUGGAGCGCAAGUCGUGUCUCAGGCAGUUUCCUGACAUAUCGUGAAAUGGAAGGCAAGCGGGGAGGUGGUGGUAACAAUGUCGCGCAGUCCGCCUCCAGAGCCGGCAAAACACCAGAAAGCACACGGGGAAGCGAUGACGAUCGGGGAGAAGGCCCCGAUGAAGGCCCGGAUGGUUAUCGAUAUAAACCCGACGGUCUGAUGAAGCAGUCCUUCAGCAUUACUACCUCCGCCGGUCAACACCUCCAUCUCAUCAGCUACUACUCCCGAUCACAUCCUGCCGCCGCCAACCUUCAACAACCAUCGUCAGAUCCCGCCCUGCGACAUGUCCGACCACAAAAGGGUCUCUAUCCCGAAUCGACCGUCAAUGACCAACAGAACUUGCCCGUCGUCACGCGAGGCCCCAUGCCCGGUGCUGCAUAUACAAUCUCUCCACAUCCUAUGGGCGGGUAUCCGCGUCAUGGUGCUAGUCAUCCGCAGUCAUAUACUCCGCCAUAUGCAUGGCCCCCAACGCCGAUGGGCACUCCCCCGGCUAUGCCAGUCGCUUAUGGUCCCAGUCCCUCGUAUCUUCCCCCAGUAACGACUGCCAAUGGUCAUGUAGCAUAUGCACAGCCACAUCACUCGUUACCGCCGCCCUCAACACAGUCCGGUCUUCCUCAUCAUUACGAACGGCCCGUCCACCAUCAUCCGCCUCAUCACCAAAUGGAAACCGCACUGCCUCCUAAUGUGCCGGUUACUGGACCACAAUCCAUGCCUGUCUUCCCUAGUCGUUCUCCGCGGCUAGUCGACGAUGCACAUCAACGCAGCCCUUCGGGGUACGGAGCUGUCACGAGCGUCUCUCCCCGGAUUCAGUCGCAUCACGCCCCGCAACACGGUCUAGCACCAAGACCCGUGAGUCCGCGGUUACUGAAGCAGCCCCCGACGACACUACCCCUGGCCAGCCCAAACCCACCACCAAGAACAGCAGAAGCAAGUACAGGCACAACGGUACCCAGUAUCGAAGCGCUAGUCAACGGCGCCCCUCCAGGUCCCUUGCCCGCCAUCACACCUGCAUCGGGGAGCCCUCACGGAGCUGGUAUCCGCGCAGAAGGGCCACGGGAUAUUCCCAGCGACAAGAUUGGUUUUGGAGGAGAGGACAUGCGAGCACUGCGACAGUUGGAUCGAGUGUUCACCGCCUAAUUGACCACCUUCCCUCUCUUUUCUCUUGUCCUUUCAUUGCAUAUUCAGCGUUAUCCGCAUUAUGGAGAAUGUCUUACGAUUGAUUUCUUUGAUUGUUGAUUGCUGGUCGUUGAUUGUUGGUUCGGGCAGGAUCCGGCGUUGUACAGAGGUGCAUUACUUUACUAUAGCAUGGGUCGGAUCAUUUGCAUCCUGUGGUGUUUGUUAUUAUUUAGUUAACCUGAAUAUGCAUGAUGAAUCAGUAUUUUUCUUGGGUUCGAUUAUUCCUGUGUGUAUUAAGCUUCAAGAGUAAC